UCGCGCACCUUGGCCCAGCAGCGAACUGCCAGUCUGCCACAGAGUGUCACCCACCCACCGCCCGACGUCAAGCUCCGCCCGUUUGCCAAUUGAACGAGGGCUGGCUGCUGCUGCUCCUCGCUCCCGCCGCAGUACCGACCACACCCCAAUCGACCACUCCACUCCGAUCCAAAACCCACCGGCCUUCCUGCCUCUGGUGCCGACCGAGACCUGCCCCAUUGGCAAUCCAAUCCCGACGGUCGCAAGCUGCACAGACAGACAGACAGACAGACCGACAGACAGCUCGUCACCUGCUCUCUGUCGUCGACCUCGACCUCGCCCUCGACCCGCUCGAUCAACACCACCAGACAAACCCGAUCCGACCCACGAAAGCCCACGAUGCUCUCGACAACAACAGCCCGGCGUCUCGCCGCCCGAGCGGCCACCGCCUCUGCCCCCUCCUCCUCCAUCCUCCUCCCCGCCACAUCCCGCCUCGCCACGCCGGCGGCGGCGGCAGCAGGACAGCUGGUCGCGAGGCGGGGCUACGCGACGCCGCUGGGCCCGCCGCCAAAGGGGUUCCGCCAGCAGCCGCCCAAGAAGUGGGACGAGGAGGAGGAGAAGACCUUCACCAAGCUGGGCAAGUACUUCCUCCUGAGCGAGAUGACCCGGGGCAUGUACGUCCUGCUGGAGCAGUUCUUCCGGCCACCAUACACAAUCUACUACCCCUUCGAGAAGGGCCCUAUCUCCCCGCGGUUCCGGGGCGAGCACGCGCUGCGGCGGUACCCGUCGGGCGAGGAGCGGUGCAUCGCCUGCAAGCUGUGCGAGGCCAUCUGCCCGGCGCAGGCCAUCACGAUCGAGGCCGAGGAGCGGGCCGACGGGUCCCGCCGCACCACGCGCUACGACAUCGACAUGACCAAGUGCAUCUACUGCGGCUUCUGCCAGGAGUCGUGCCCCGUCGACGCCAUCGUCGAGAGCCCCAACGCCGAGUACUCGACCGAGACCCGCGAGGAGCUGCUGUACAACAAGGAGAAAUUGCUUGCCAACGGCGACAAGUGGGAGCCUGAGCUUGCGGCGCUCAUCCGGGCUGAUGCCCCUUACCGAUAAGGGCUGUCAUGGUGGUCUUGACCUCUGGUGGCACAUGCCUUGAGCCCUCAGGUCAUGGUUGAGGGCAAGGGGUCAAGGCCUCGGACGGGGAUGCAUAUUAGAAGUGCAAUUGGGGCUGUCUGUCGCCUGGGAACUCUACCGUGGCAGCAGCAAGUGGGGAGAGAGAGAGUCGAGUGUAGACAAAACUGUGUAUAUGAGAUCAUCAUCAGAUGAAUGUGCUACAAUCUAGUUCUCUGUUCUGGUCGAA